AUGGUCGCACUCGCGCGUGUUCUGUGGCUGCCGGCGGCGGUCAUAUCAGCUUGGGCACCCCACGAGGAGUGGGACGCAGUGAAGGAUCUUUGUCGUCCAGAGGCGGAAGCUUCAGCCGAGUUGGUCACAGCCGCAGUGUCGACUGUUUCUUCCGAGCAGGUGGGGCUUUCAAAGAGCUUGAGGGACGAUGGCGUCAAAGCCGGCGUAUUUCGGAUAGCGGGGAGCAGAUUAGAAGGGAGACUCGCACUCCAGCUGCACGAGCUGGCAUUGGAUGAGUCUCUGUAUAGUCUCUCAGCACAGGGCCGUAAGUGUGAGGUGCCCUUCGCGCCGGAGUUGCGCAGGAAGAUCCGCAAGGUCCUCCAAGGCCAGCUUGGGGCAUGGGGCAUCUUGAGCUUUCAUGUGCUUGCAGGCCAGGACAGCCGAUGCGGCCUGGUGCGGUUUCUGGCGCAGCUCGUGGCCUUGAUAGGCGAUGCUUAUCAGUUCGGGGAUACGGGUGCAGAUGUGGCGCUGAGGGCCUGGAUUGGUGUUCACGUCCAGCCCCCGCUGCCCAGCUUCAUGGUCGUGGCGGGAAGUAUUCUGCCCGAGGUCCUGGGGGUGGCAAGCGUUGCCACAUGGGCAGGUGGUGAAUCGCGCGGCCCGCCGCUGGUGGAGCCCUAUGCCAACUGCGAUGCUAUUGCAGAUGUAGCCGCGUACACUUUAGCUGUUAAUGCUGAAGAAAAAGCUGCUGGCAUGACUUUCUGGGCAAAGGGUCGGGAUCUGGCCAAAUCGAUCGUUCGCAAAGGAGGCUUCGAGUGGGUCAAUGCCGCUCGAGUGGCUUUUUCCAGUAGCCUUAUCCAGCAGACAGCUCGAGAGGCAUGCCCCUUCGGGGUUAUGGCUCUCAAGCUUGUUCGGUGCCUGGGCCAUGAUGCGGAGCAGAAGCAGGAAGAGGUGGUCUCGCUGGAAACAGAUUCCGAGCAACUUCUGCAGUGGACAUUGCAACCGGACAUACCGACGCUUCUUCACAAUGCUUGGCCACUUUGGGGCCUCCUGGCAUUGCUCGCAGAACAACGGAAGCAUAGCUUCAUCAUCACCGCGCGAGAUGCAACACAAGCAGAAGUUUUCGAUCAUGCGCCCUUGCUGACGGCCAUGUGGGACAAGCGCGAGUCUGAGGAUUAUCCGCUGGGUGCUGUGUGGAUUACCACAGUUCCCUGCCAGAUCACUGUCUUGGAGCUCUCCACUUGGCUCAGCCGCCUGCGGAUCGCGCUGACAGCACGAAGGCUCCCAUACUCCGAGCACCAAGUCCUGCUUGUGAUGGAGCAAGGUUCCAAGAUUCCGGAAGGCAGCUGUAAGCAGAUGGCUUGGUUCGGAUACAGUGGGCUUCUUCUCCACUGCCUGUGGUCACUGGAAGGUGCAUCGUCGGGUUUAGAUGCCCUGGCUUUGGCCUACUUUGUGCUGCGCCGCGGCACCCCUGUGGCCUUGCUCAGCUUGCCGACGAUCCCCUUCCCUGGCUUGGGGGACAAGGCUAACGAGCUGCUUACUGCUGCUUCCGCGGCGCGGCACCUCAUGUUCAUCACUGAUACGCUUGUUCUCACAGGUGCCGGAAACACCCAGGAGCGUAAAGAGCUGCAGGCACCCUUCAUUGACAUUGGCCUCCGACUGUUGAGGCCAUCCGUGCCCGCGCUGGUGCUGCUGAAGGACUGUCUCCGUCUCGCCUACGAAAACCCAUUCAUGGCAUCAGAUGAUGUGGUCAACCGCUUCGAGGUGCAUUCCAAGCUGGAUCUUCUGCUCACGGCGGGCCACGGUUUCGUGUCCUCCGAGGGCUGGUGGCCGGAAGAAGUGAAAGCACAAGCGAGGCAGGAGGCAAGAAAGCCAAGAAGCAACUCCACUCCGGUGGACCCGCACCUCUCAGGUGGCAUCCUUCUUUUCACCAUGCGGCCUUUCAGCGUCCUGCCGCGAUGGUUCACUGGCACGGCUUGCAAGCAUGUCUGUACAUCCGGACUGCUGAAGUGUGCACCGGAAGCCGGGGGCACGGCCUGUGGACUCUUGAGCGGAGAAAUGGAAGAAGCCCUUUUGCUGACCUUAAAGAACAGCUUCGCACUGACAAAAGGAGCUCGCAGCGCACGGCCUCGAGUGCUGCAGGCCGGCCCCAGUGGUUGUGGCACCACCUCCAUUGCACACUUCUACUCGGAUGGACACAACCUCCGCGUCGCGAAGAAUUACAUCGAAGGCCUGGAAAUCCGCGAUCAUGUGCGUGCUGAGCUGAGCCGUGGGAGGGCCCCCUUUGGCAAGCUUGAUCGCUUUGAUGUGGUGGCGGACGCCUUCGACGUUGUCCGAGCAGGCAUCCACUUCUGCUCAGAUAAAAUCGGUCACGGAGGAGAGACUUGCGAAAACAUCCACUAUGAUGCGCUACAAGACCGUUUGGACGAGUACAAAGACAUUCUCCGUGCUCUUCAGGAGGCAUAUCCGAACCUUUGGUUUAUUCACAACACCUGCAAUCUGGAACGCUGGCUUCCAAAGCGGGUGCAUAAUUGCUGGCCACAUUUGGUGUCCUCACCUGGAGACGAGUGGCAGAAAUGGUUGCUGCAGUGGGGGAUGUGCUGCCACGAAUCUCUUGGAGUGGGAGGCAACAAGUCAUGCUGGACCCCGGAGAAGCAACCUUUAAUCAAGAUCCCCAAGAGGCUGAACUUCCAGGAUUUUGUGUACGCUGCAUGUUGUGACGGGCUGACCUUUUAUAAGACGGCUUGGGACAUGGUCCACGCCACCCUACCAGAGGUUCUCCUCAAGGAACGGCGGGUUCCCUUCAACAUCUUGAGCCACGACCCCCGGAUGCUCAGCGAACUGCUGGGUUUGCAGGACAAUUUCAAGCCCAGCGCAUGGCGCCAGAUCCACAAGACGGAAGGGAAGCAAAGAUCGGGGCAGUGCUGUUAA